AUGCCGAGUCAAUUACCCGCCAAACCGGGUAAUAUAAAAGACCCGGCCCUCGCAUCGCUCUUCUCCACCAAAGAUCCAGAGCAGCGAUUCGAGGAUUUACGAGAAAUCGGUCAUGGAUCAUUCGGCGCCGUAUUUUUUGCGCAAGAUAAGGAAACGAAUGAAACAGUGGCCAUUAAAAAGAUGGCAUAUUCGGGUAAGCAGUCUAACGAGAAAUGGGCUGAUAUAAUCAAAGAGGUUUCAUUCCUGAAGAAUAUCUCUCAUCCAAAUAUUGUCGAUUAUCGAGCGUGUUAUUUGAAGGAAUACACUUGUUGGUUAGUGAUGGAAUAUUGUAUUGGCUCAGCAGCUGAUAUCGUAGAAGUGCAUCGACAUCCGUUACAUGAAUGCGAAAUAGCGGCGAUUAUUGAUCAGACAUUAUGUGGAUUAGCCUACUUACAUAAUGCUGGUCGAAUUCAUCGCGAUAUUAAAGCUGGAAACAUACUCCUUACCGAUCGUGGCCUCGUCAAAUUAGGUUCAUUAUUUCAGCAUUCUUGUUUUCGUUUCAAUUUUCAGAUGUUCUAUAUAUUUGGUUGUGAUUCCAUUCGCCUCUCACCAAUGUUUCACAUGUUAUUUCCUUGCAGUGUUUUUGUGUUCAGUCGAAGCUGA